AUGUCUCAAAUACCGAUUCAUGAUCAUUCAGAACCAUCUCCACAAUUACCUCCCCCAGCAUCAACCUCAGCGUCAUCUCAAAAAUUAAUCUUAUCUAAUGGAGAAGAUUUCAGUACAUUGAGGCGAGGAUUAGCAACUGAACUGAAAACUCCAGCUGAAUAUACUUUGCAUAUUGUAUUUACCCAAUUUGUUCGUCAUGCAGAACGUAAACUAAAUUCAUGUCUUGAUUAUUCAAUCGACGAAGAACCACCAAUUAUUGAAUUAUUAUGUGAAGGGGUAGAUCCACAUUUUGAUAAAAUAGUAGCUUCUUUAGGUUAUAUUGCUAGAAGAAAACCAAAACCUGUUAUCGAUAGUGUCAUGUUUUGGAGAAAAUCUAAAAGUGAAGUGGCAACUAUGGCUGCAUCUGAAGUAGAAAGAACAGUAGAAACAGCAAAAUCCAAUUUGUUGAAAGCAAGUAACAACAAUAUAUCUGGAGAAACGUUUGGUCCAUCAAAUCCAGGAAUAGCCAAGAAUUCAAUUGCAAAUGCAAAUUCAAAUUCGAGAUCAAAGAGAAGUUUAAGCUUAAUGAGAUCAAAAAGUUUCUCCAAAGUUUCACAUCGUCGUAAUCAAUCAGCAUCAUCUGCAGUUCCUACCACAGUAUCAUCUACAAUGUCAUCAACAGCAACCAAAUCUCCAACAUAUCAAGAAAAGCCAGAGAAUGAAUUUUUGAGACAAAAAUAUUACUAUGAUGCUCAAAUAGCUCAAGCAAGAGAAACUGCCAUCCAAGCAGAUAGAAAAUCGUUGGCUUCUAUAUAUAUCUUAUGCCGUGUAUUGAUUGAAGUUGUUAAGCAAACAUCUUAUGAGGUAAUGGGCGAAGAUUUAGAGGAUAAAUUAGAAGAAAUAGUCUAUACUCAACUUAAGACAACUGAUGCUAUAAGUACCAGUCAGUCUUUAGUUAGGGCUGCUAAUUGGAAUCUAUUCGCCCAAUUAUUAGGUUUUAUGUCAGAAAAGAGGUUUUUAAGUGUUAGUGAUAGAUUUAUUGCUGAUUUAGAAAAGAUCCCUACUAAUGUCAGUCAUGAAGAAGAACCCAAAUUGCAUUUAUUGAUUAGUGGAAUGAGAUAUUUGAUUUUAACUAAUUAUCCGUUGGAAGUUUUCGAAGAAAGUGCUGAUUUUAUUAAAUCAUUAGCUAAGUUCUUUGAUAAAGCUCAAAAUGAAACUAUUGUUUUUGCUUAUUGUGAAGUAUUGAGUAACUUGGUAUUGCCAUUGGCUAAUAUUUUAACGGCAGAAACUAACCACCCAACAUGGGUAGAAGGUAUUGAAGAAAUUUAUUACAAGGCUCAUAAAAUAUGGUAUCUCUCAACCAGAUUACCCCCAUCUUCAAAUGGUGGCUCUGCUUCGACAUCUUUUUCAUCAACUUCAUUUAACACGAGAUACAGCAAUAGCCAAACCUUACAAGCCAUUUCGUUUGGAAAUAGUGGUUGGGCAUAUUCGUUGCACUUGAUGACUUCAAUGUUAUCAGUUUCUAGAAAGGAGUUAUUUGCUGAGAAAUGGUUCAAACUUGUGGAAGAUAACAUAUUCAAGUUAAAGCCAAAAGUUGAAAUUGACGAUAAAACCACAUUUAUUGUAUGUGUGGGCCGUUUGCUUUGGGUUUAUAUUUACCGAUUACCUGAUACAUUGAAUAAUACAAUCAAGAGAUUAGAUCAAUUAUUCCAGUACUUGUUUUUCAAUAGUAAUUCAACAACUAAGAAGCAGCAGUGGAUUACAUCAGACAAUUUAUUAAUUGGUUCAUUGGUCGAAACUAUUAGAAUCGCUGGAUUCAAUCACUUGAAUUAUGUUUUAGAUAAUGUUCUUGUGAAGUUAUUGAAAUUGAGUUUUAAUGGGAUUUCAUUGGAAAAUAUCUUUGCUGAGAAGGUGAUUUUGAUUGUCAAGAGUUAUUUGCUUAUAUUGGAAGACUAUGAAUUAGGAAAUAAACCAAUGUUUCCUACCGAUGAGAUCUUUAAUAACAGAUUUUUAAACGAAAACGAAGCAAAAUCCAGCAAGGAUAAAAAUAGAAAUCGAAAUAGGUUGAAUGAGUUUCAAUUCAUUGCUAAGAAUUCGACUAAUUCUCAAUCUCAUGAUGAAAUUUGUCGUACGUUCGGUAGUCUCUUGAGAAUAUUGGAUGCUCAAUACGGAAGUGACGUCUGGCAACCUGAUGGAGCCUCACUGUCUACACCAGGACAUUCUUCAAAAUCACAAUCGCCAUUUUCGGCUUUCCAUUUUGGUAUUGACUUCAGCUAUCAAAUUACAAGAAAUCUUCACGUAGAAUUGUUUGCUACUCUUAUAGAUGCUAUCCCAUGGACAAUGGUACUUCAUUCAGGUGAUAAAGCUCUGCCAGCAGGUAUACCAUUUAAGCAGAUUGUUGAAAUCUUGACUCGAAAUGCAGUACAUACAAAUUUUAGAGUCGCUUCAGCAGCUAUAAGUGCGCUUAAGAAGUUAGCUUCAAGAAAAAAUCCAAGUAAUUUGAUAACUAUGUUUGCCAAAAUUGCAUUCCAGUUUAGUGAGAAACCAAGUCCUGGAUAUGAUGCAACAUACAUGAAUUCACAAGAAUUCAACACAUUGUUAAGAAUAUAUGCGGAAUUAUUGAAUUGUUGGUUAAGACAAUUCCAUGAUAUUGUGGAAAAUAAAAAUAAUACCGAGAAUUCAAAUCCAAUGGCUCAAGACGAUGAACUUAUGAAUAAAGAUGUGUUAAACGAUCUUUAUCAAAUCAAUCAUAAAAAUGAAGAUUUAUCAAACGCUGAAGCAAAUCCAAGUGCAAAUAAAUUAAAACCUAGCGAUGAGUUUGAGUGGAAAUCUAUAAUUACUGUAAUUGAAGAAGUUGAAGGAAAUGGUUUAUUUUUCCUUUGUUCUCAAGAUUCAACAACAAGACAUUAUGGUAUUGUGAUUCUAAAGUUAGUUGAGCAAUUUGACCAAGCUAUUUUCAACAUCACUGAUAGCCAAUCUAAUGACUCAAUACCUUCUAAGUCAGAUUCUUUAAAGAAGCAUUCCAGAAGUUCAUCUAAAUUUGCAGCUGAUGUUGGAACAAGACUUAUUCAUAUUUUAGAAGAUGUUGACUUCUUGGAUUUGAUAAAGCCUUUUAGAAAAGAGCUUAGUGUUCCAGAAAGAGGCAGGUUAUCGAAAUUAAAGAAUAAAAAGAACAUUCUUGUUAGACUCGCUGAGUCAGACUACGGUAUUGAUUCUACAAUCUGGUUUAGAGUCUAUCCAAAAUUGCUUGACAUUUUCUUUGAAAGAUGCCCAAUUGCAGUAGCAUUAUGUCGAUCUAUUGUUUGCGUUUGUAUAGUUCAGAUGCAUGAAUUUGUUCUAGAGUAUUCGGAGAGUUAUAAAUCAUAUACUUCUUCCUUAUUUGCUAAAUCUUCCACAAUUCCUCCUGAAGUUAUGAUAAAUCAAUGGAAAUUAUAUUUAAUUUUUGCAUGUUGUUCUUUAACAUCGACGAAUGAGCAAAAGAUAUCCUUCCCAAGUCAACCAACACAUGGAAGGAAGAAGUCAAUGCAGAUGUUUAUUCAACAUCAGAAAAUUACAAGUGCUAGAUCUGUCUUCAAAGUGGUCAUUCCUCUUUUGAGAUCACAACAACAAAUGGUUCGUGAAGCAGUAAUUUCUGGAUUAAGCUCAAUCAAUAUUAAUAUUUUCAAAACCUUACUUGAAAAUAUUCCAGCCAGCGUUAGUGAGUGGGAAGGUGUUGGUAAAAGAGAUUCGAAUGAAGAUAGUUUGAGAAUUGAAAUGAUAAGAGUUCUACUUAAUAUCACUAGCAGAUUCAAAAGUGAUGAGUUAAUAUAUAUGGAUUCUUGGAUAGUAGCUAAUUUAGUGACCAUCAUAAAAAAUUUGAAAUCAUUCUUAUCAUUGCCAUCAACUCAAAUUGGUAUAGAAUAUCAACGACUCAGAAGGUAUUUCUGUGGCUUCUUGGAGAAUGUUUUUGUUGGCUUGCAGGACAAGUCAGACUUGAAUAAAUGGUUACCAUUUGAAGCUAGAAUAGGUUGUUUCAACUUUUUAAAGGAAUGGUGUGGUUAUGGAGAUGCUAGUACCAUUGCAGAUGAUCGUUACAAUGCGAUGAUAAAGAGAGUUAACCAGCAAAAGGAGGUUGCUUCUGUAGUAGCCAUAUUGGAAGUUGAAAGGAAGUCAUUACAAGUCUCUGCCUUAAGUUGUAUGGCUGUUUUAUGUUCUGGGCAUAUAAAGCAUCAUAUUGAAGUUCCUGGUAAAUUAGCAGUAAUGUCAUUUGAUAUUCCAUCACUUAUGAAUUGGAUUAAUGCUUUAUUUACUUCUGAUUCGGAUAAAGCUCAUGAAAUUGGUAAGUUGGCCUUAAGGAAUAUUUUAGAGCUAAAUUUUACAACUCCAGAGAUUUAUCAGGAGGUUAUCAAACAAUGUUACACGCCUCAGAAGUCCUUGAAGACGACCGAGAGUUACUUUACUGUCUUUGUGGGUGUGUUUUUGAAGUCUCCUAAGCAGGAAGAAACACCAUAUGACUUGAUGUGCUUAGCCAACUUUUUAGUUGGGCAUGACAGUUAUGAAGUCAGAGUUGGUGCUAUGCAGCUGUUAACCUUUUUAGAAGAGAUGUACUUCCAGACUUCCACCACUGCGGACAAAUUCACUGAAUCAGUCAGCAGUAAGACAAAGGUUGUUUAUAAAAAGGCUCUAUUUGAUAUAUCUGCGCAUCUUGCUGCUUUACAACCCGAAGGUGCAUUCACUAGAAUUAGUUAUAUGACUAAAUAUUUCAAUCUCGUUGAUAACAGUUCCAGAAGAGAUAUUUUGUCAUGUUUACUUCCAUGGGUCCAAACCGUUGUGUUAAAUUAUUCUGAAGUUGAUGAAAAUACCAACAAGACAGCUCUUGAUGGAAGAAAGCUUGAUUCUUCUUCGCUCAUGGUGUUGAAUAACUUGUUUGAAAUCACAGUUAAAUUUAGUUCUAAGAUAUCCAACGAAGUGGAGGCUUUAUGGGUUGCAUUAGGUAGUAAUUCUAACAAUUUUGAUAAAAUCAUUGACUUCAUUAUGAGCAAUUGUCUUGAAAGAAAGAAUCCGUCAUUUGUGGAGUAUUCCAGACAGAUCAUUGAUUAUUUGGCUUUUUCGCAAACUGAUCCAUUGAUUGUGAUUGAUAAAUUGAUCAACAAUUUAGAACCUAAAUUAAUGGUUCCUCCAUUGGCAAAAGGAAUCACUACAACUAUCAAUAAUGCUAAUGAAUUCCCUUACGUUGCAAAUUUAUGGAAAAUUAUUCCAUACAAUGAGAAAGAUGCAGCAUUUUCAAUUGGUCAAUUAUCUAUGGUUUUCCUUGUUGAUUUAUUGACUGUCAAGAAUGAUGUAAUGUUAGAAAGAUUGCCUCUAUUGUUGCACGUCGCCUUUUCAUUGUUAGAUCAUUAUUUACUCAUUGUACAAGAACAGGCAAGCACACUUUUAGUUCAUUUGAUUCAUGCGUUAGCUCCUAAUGCAAAGAAAGCAGCUGAAACUAUCCAAACAUUGAGACCUAGAGAUCAUUUUAGAUAUCUUUGGGUAUACGACGAUUUAAAUAACGAUAAAAAAGGUGCAAGAACUCCAAAAAAUAUGGAUUUAUUGGCCAGAAAUAUCUUGGAAGUCUUUUCUACAGUUCAUACCAAUCUUCAAGAUGAUUGGAGUAGAGAGUCUUUAAACUGGGCUACUACAUGUGCUGUGAGACAUAUCGCUUGUCGGUCUUUUCAAAUCUUCAGAUCUUUAUUAUCGUUUUUAGAUCAAGGAAUGUUAAAGGAUAUGUUACAUAGAUUAUCCAACACCAUUUCUGAUGAAACGUUGGAUAUUCAAGGUUUUGCUAUGCAGAUUUUAAUGACGUUAAACGCAAUAACAGCGGAAUUGGAUUCUGGACAACUUAUUGAUUUUCCUCAAUUGUUUUGGUCUAGUGUGGCAUGUUUAAGUACAAUACACGAGCAAGAGUUUAUUGAAGUACUUUCAACUUUAAACAAAUUUGUUUCCAAGAUUGACUUAGAUGCUCCAGAUACCAUUUCUUGUUUAAUCUCUACUUUCCCUCCAAAAUGGGAAGGAAAAUUCGAAGGGUUGCAGCAUAUUGUAUUAGUUGGUUUAAGGUCAGCUACAUCAUGGGAAGCUUCUAUAAAGUUUCUUGAUAAAUUGAAUCCUUUGAAAGAUAGUGAAAUCAUUGGUACUGGAAAUUCGCGUCUUUUGAUGGCAGUCUUAUCAAAUAUGCCACGAUUCCUUCAUGCGUUAGAUCAAAAAACAAUAACUCCUGAAGUUGAAGCUGCAGCACUAAAUAUAAGUAAAUUAGCAGCUAAUGCCGACAAGCCAUCGUUGUCUAGAAUAUUGAUUUCUUUAUCUAAAAAUAGAUUCCGUUCCAAGAAAGAUUUCUUAGUACAAACUGUAUCAACUAUUAAAAGUUUGUUCUAUCCAGAAUAUGAAGCUCAAUCGUUGGUACUCCUUCUUGGAUUUUUAUCUAACAAGCUCCCAUGGAUUAAAUUGGAAACUAUGAGUUUGUUGAAGCACAUUUUCCCAUUUGUUGACUUGGAAAGAGACGAGUUCGUUGGUGUGGGAGCCGACUUGAUCUCUCCAUUACUUAGACUUUUAUUGACUGAUUAUGCUGAGCCAGCGUUGGAAGUGUUAGACGAGGCAGUUGUCAUAUCAGGUUCUCAAUUAGAUCGAGAUGUACUUCGUAUGAGUUUAGGAAAUUCAUCGGUGAAAAAAGAAUACGAGAAGACAGCUACUCUAUUUGGUAUACCAGACGAGAGUGGAUGGGCCAUUCCUAUGCCAGCUGUCACGGCUGCUAGCACUCGUAACAAUGUACAUGCUGUAUUUUCUACUUGUGUGGUUGCUACCUUAGUAGAUGAGAACGAAGAAACUGCUAAAGACGAAGAAUUUCAAUUUCAUAUGGAAGAUUAUUACGCUCCUGUUCCAGAUUAUGGUGAUACAGUCUCAGUUAGUGUUGAUGAACCUGAGGCUUCCUUAAGCAAUGUUUGGGCUGCUUUAGAUGAUUUUGAUUUAUUUUUUACUAAGAAUUCAGCCUCUAACGGUGUUUCAGCUGUACCAAGUUCUUUAUUAAAUCAUAGAAGAGAAGCUUCUAAUACUCACAUUCAUAGUGCAUCAGUUGAUACAAAGUAUAGUAAUUCAAGUGACACACUGGCUCCAAUGGAUUCAGCUCAAACUAUUUAUGAUAAAAAGGUGUCUGUUAUCUUGAAUAAGAGUUUGGCAAGAACUCAAUCAACAUCUUCAUUUAAGGCUAAUUUGGCUGACUCUAUCGGUCCAAGUCAUUACAAUAAUCAAGGAAGUUCAAACACAACCAAGAGAUCAUAUAUCCCAUUCAGAUCAAGUAGAAGUAGCUUAAGGACGAAGACUGAUAGUUUUACCACACCAGUUAUGCCAAAGUCACCUACAUUUGAACGUCAAAAUCUUACUACACCAUACAAUUCCCAAAAUCUUUCAACUCCAGGAAAUCUUAAUUCUCCAACCACGAUAAAUUCUCCUGAUUCAAUCCAAGUCAAUCUUGAUAAUUCUACCAGAUUAGAAAACUUAUUAGGUGGUAGUAAAAAGAGAUCCAAAAGAGUAACUAAACAUUCACCAAGUUCAUAUAAUUCUAAUUCACCAGAUCUCGCGACGCAUCAAUUAUGGAGCUCAACUGGUAAUAAAAGUAACAAAAGUCUUAAUGCAAAUUUAAACACUCCACCCAAUUCGGCGCCAAAUGGACAAUCAAUUACCCCCAAACUAAAGGACAAGAAUAAAAACUCUCAGAAGUUUCGUUAA